CAAACUGCUGGGUGCCUCCACGCUCCCCAGCACAUCCCCCGCGACCAGGCGGUAGUGGGGUGUGCGGGGAUCCCUUAGUCCUGCGGGGGAUCCCCACGCCCGCCCUCAACACCGCCCCCACCCGUGACCUGGAUCUGCCUAUCGCACUGUGGUUCCUUCUUUCGCCCCCAGACUCAGUAGUGGGGGCGGGUAGUGGGGAGACGAACCCAGGGUGCUGACACCCCAUGAUUUCGACUCGGCUCGCGGGUAAACACAGCUAGGCUGAGGAAGGAGGAGGUGGGCGGGGAUCGCCGCUGAGGAGGCGAGGGUCCUGCCGGCUGGGAGGGGCAGUCCAGGUGAGCAACUGAAUGAAGCUCAGAGAUUUCUGAAACAGAAGCUUCAAGGCCAGCCAGCUAGUGCUAUAAAUGACAAAUCCACGACUCAGAUCCCCACCCAGAUCAUUCCACUCCAAGGCUCUGCUCUUGCCACUGCGAGUCCUCCCUUCCCCUCCUCCUUCACCCCCAAGUUUCCCCCGCACUGUCCUCCCCCCCACCCAGUUGAUCAUGGCAUCAGAAGCAGGGAAAACAUUCCAGCGGUUUGCUGUCUUUGGAGAAUCAUCGAGCAGUGGCACUGAAAUGAACAACAAAAACUUCUCCAAGCUAUGCAAAGACUGUGGCAUCAUGGAUGGCAAGACAGUCACCUCCACUGAUGUGGACAUCGUAUUCAGCAAAGUCAAGGCCAAGAAUGCCCGAACCAUCACAUUUCAACAGUUCCAGGAGGCAAUGAAGGAACUGGCCCAGAAACGAUUCAAGGACAAGAACCCAGAUGAAGCUCUGGAGAACGUUUAUAAACUCAUGGAAGGCAAGGAUCCAGCUACCACUGGAGUUACCAAAGCAACGACAGUGGGUGGGGUGAGCCGGCUGACGGACACCAGCAAGUACACGGGCACCCACAAGGAGCGCUUUGACGAGAGUGGCAAGGGCAAAGGCAUCGCAGGACGGGAAGAGACGACCGACAACUCAGGCUAUGUGAGUGGCUACAAGGGUGCUGGCACCUAUGAGAAGAAGAGCAGCAAAUAAGAAGCAGCCUCAACAACUAGGGUCAGUUAGUCCUCAACCUGGCAUCUUAAACACCAGGGAGCCUAGGGAACAAUAAACAUCUGUGUGCA